AUGAUUCAGCUGUUCAUCAGUUCAGCCAUCAUGUUCCGAAUCCUAAUCCGAAAGCCAAAAACAGCAGAAGACUGGCACACCCAUCUUCGUCGAGACCCUCGCCCCCAAAGAAUGCUAAAAUGUCUCCUUUCGGACAUAUCAUUCAGCGAUAAGCGCACGAUCUUGUAUGCAUACCUCAAACCAUGCGUCCAAAGAAAGCACAAAGAAGUGCAAAACCCAAAAUAUCUCGAAUACAUGGCAAACGCCAGAAAACAGUCGAAGCUUCUAUGGCUCGAGUCUAAACUAGACGAUGCUGGUCACCUUGAAAUAGUCCAGUUUAUCCGCUUCGCACUUUUUACGGAGGACGAUAACGAUAGCGACAAGGACUGGUGUUCACGUAUCAUCAGAGCGGAUAUAAAAGCGCGGUGGAUUGUCCAGAGGGAGAUCUAUCUAAACGAGGAAAUUCAGGCACUGCAUAAGUCACUGUCUCUUCUCUCCAUUAAUACAGACGCUGCUAUUUCUGCUGCUGCUGCCGAAGCGGAAAUCCAGCUCAACGCCCAUGAAAAAGAACUCCAAUAUCUAAAUUAUGUCUAUUGGGCUCACAAACGACAUAUCUGGCUCCUUGAAGCGGGGGCUCCUGUCUCUGCAGCUGGACGAGCCUAUGAAGCUCGCCGAAAACACAUCCCAGAUUGGUAUCUCUCUGAAUGGCUACGCCGCGACUGUGCGGGUCGUGGGGGAUGCUGCGGACGGGGGUGUGGGUGCUGUGAGAGGGCGCGAAACACCAGGGACAGAGAAUGGCAUCAUGGCCAUUGUACUAGUGCUUGCGGGUGUUGUGUUCGCACUAGGGGGUGUGGUAGGGCCAAGGAGGUAGAGGUGGUUGGCUCGGAAGAGGAUAUGGAUAUGUUACCGGAUGAUUGUGGGGUUAGCGAGGAUUGUCAAGGGUUGUAUGUCAAUAGGUUGAUGGUUGCGUACAUCUGGGGGUAUGGAGGAUUUGUAUAG